UGCUCUUGUGCUUUAUAGAACUUGGACUGAAGCAAUGCUGCUGAUCUACCUGCUGGGGUACAGAACUUGUCUGAAACAAUUCUAGAGCAGCAGGCAAUUCCUUCAGGAAAUUCUUGGAGUUCAGAGGAAUUUUCAGAAGACUGGAAAAGAGCUAAGGUGGUGCCUGUCUCUUUAGAGAGAGUGGAAAAGGAGGAGUUGGGAAAUGGUACAUCACUAAGCCUGGCUUCGGUAUUUGGAAAAAUAUUGGAAUCACCCACUGCAGCAUCUCUUUGUAAUCACCCAGAAGACAACACAGCGACAAUGAACAACAUUUCGGCAGAAAUGAACAACAGCAGCAUGGAAUGCAAUUUUACAGACAUCGACAGAUUAGCAAAUACCUUGCGGUUGGGGAUCUCCAUCCCCACCUUCAUUCUCGGGCUGGUUCUCAAUGCCCUGGCCCUCUACGUGUUCUGCUGUUUUUGGAAGAAACAGACGAAAACCUCAGUUUACAUGAUCAAUCUCGCAUUUGCAGAUAUCUUGCUUCUUCUCUCGCUCCUGCUCAAAUUGCACUACUCUUACACAGAAGCGCCCGAACUCCUGUGCUCAUUCAUACAGUCUCUCUAUUUUGUCAACAUGUACGGCAGCAUCUUCAUCAUUGUCUGCAUUACGGUCGACAGAUAUAUCUGCAUAAGGCACCCAUUCGAAGGUCGAGCUAACCGGUCCACCAAAUGGGCUGUCUUCAAUUGCUGUGUCAUCUGGGUAGUAGCUGGGGUUUGCAGCAUCCCAAUGUAUGUUUCUCAGAAGAAAAAUCGUUUGAAAUGCUUUCACAACAUGUCACAAGAUGUUGCAUGGAACCCCUUCUACAUUGUUUGUGUGGAAAUCUUUGGAUUUCUGAUCCCACUCGCAGUGAUGGUUUUCUGCUCUGUCCAAAACAUCCUGAUUCUUCUGAAUCACAAAAAUCAAGCUGAAAAGAAGGUAGAAGGCAGUGGCUCCUUACGAGUCAUUAUCAUCAACCUUGUGGUGUUUUUGGUGUGCUUCACACCUAUCCACUUUGCAAUCUGCCUACAAUGCCUGGUAAGACAUGGAGUGAUAGAGAACUGCAGUCUGAAACAAAGCAUCAGCCUCUUCAUUCAGGUGUCAAUGAUAUUAGCCAACCUGAACUGCUGCCUGGAUGCCAUCUUUUAUUACUUUGCUGCAAAAGAGCUUUGUGAGAAAACACACCUGAAAAAGGUUAUUGAACGAUGUCCCAUCUUUAAGCCUCGUGCCACACAAUGGGACUGCCUGUGGUGGAAGAAUGCCUCUUCCUCGACUUCCUCUCCCACUUGCCUCAUAGGACACCAAGAGCAUCAUCCCUGACAUAGCACUAGGGUCACCUUGACCACAGCAGGGAGGGUGCAGGAGGAAGAAGGACAAUGUUUUUCCAGUGAAUAUGAACUUGUUCCAUACUUUUCUUCCUUUUAAAGAUGAAAGGAGAAAAAUUUCGGAAAAGAACCAGCACUACCAAAAUGACACCAAAAGAAGCAUUAGCCUUGAUGGUAUCUACUAAAUGUGAAAGGCUUGCCAGAGCAAAGCUACCCAGAUCACUGGAAUACCACUUAAAAUGAACCUUUGUCAUUGCUGCACCAGUUUUCCUUUUGUCAACGUCAUCAGAAAGUUGUUGCUAGGGGCCAAACAUAGAAAUAACUAUUCAAAACCUUCUUUUUAACUUAGAAAGUAUCUGAGAGUUAAAAGGCAGUAUCUGGCCGAAAGUCUGACACUGCUCUUUCCUUCUAUAAAUCUUACAGAAAGUUGCUGUCAGAGCUCAUUUGCUUUGAACAAUUUGUCCAUACUGGGUUGAGUCUUCCCUCCUGUAAGCAUUAUACACUGGUUGGAGGUGCUGCACAGGACAGCAGCCCAUGCUCUUUCAUGGAGGACACACUGCUCAGGACACCACCCCAAUGGAGUAUCUUGGGUACCAGCAAUUUCUUGAGCAACAAAUAUUUCUGAUUAUCUUUGCGAAGGAAUCAGCAUGGGUUUGUCCUGCAAUUUUGAAACUGGUUUUGCACGUGAAAACCAAAAGAACUCCUUCAGAUACAGCAUGAAUGACUGUAUGUGAUGAAAUAUAUUUCUACAUCACUGUAUUUCUAUCAAAGAUACAAUGUGACUUAUGUAUGAAAUUCUUCUGCCUGUUAUUCUUAUCCUUUCUUGGAGGGUGGAAGGAAGCCCUGCAUCACAGAAAAAUAAGGAGUGCCUGUUUUGCUCCAAGCUGGAAGACUGGACCAGCUCUAACCCCCUCCUUCCUUAGAGAGAUCCUUUUAGCCCAUACUGUGCACUUCACAAAACGUCUUUCAACGUGCCUCAGCCCUUCUCAGUCUGCACUUCUGGUAUGUCACUGCCCUUAACACCAUUUGAGAGCUUGGAUCUGAGUCUAAACUAAAGGCUUCCUUGUUGCAAUUUAAGCCCACCAUUAUGUUGGUUCAUGCUCCUAGCCAGAAACACUUUCACAUCAAGAAAUCUAUUUCUGUGCCUUUAAAAAAACAAAACUGUAAAAAUGGUCUAAGAAUGCUUGUAAUCAGGUCUUCAUUCUGGGGAAGAUGUUCCCUUUAUUCAAAAGGUGAAAAGAAAUUACCUUCUGUCUGGAGCAAAUUAAAAAGAAAGGGGGGCAGUUUUGAAAAUACAGUUUGCCAUCAAUCGAUUCCCAUAGAAAUGACUGAUUGUGCAAGUGGGCAGCUGCACAUAUCUAAUACUGGGCCUCAUGUACAAGCAUUUUAAAACUUUUCAGUAUUAAAACUAUGACCAUAGCUGAGGCACAGACCGAUCUCAGAGGCAAAGAAAGGUUUUUAUCAUCACCUUCACCAUUAUCUGCAGAGGGGCAAGAGAAAAAGCUUUCCAAAACAGCAGGUUUUCAAAACAUUAUUUGCUACUGCCUCAAUCAUUCAGAAACUUGCAGACUUUUCAAUAUGAGUUAACCUUUCUUUUUUGCACCUUUCACGGUACUUUGCAUAUGAAAUGUGUGAGA